UCUAAAAUUUUCUCUAAAACCCCACUUCUCAAAUUAUAAAUUCACACACAAAACAACCAAAUUUACGUGCAAUUUCUCUUCUUAUUAUGGCUAUCGACAAGUGGUCUCUGCUUAGCCGCCUUCAGAGGGCGGUGAAGAAGGUGAAAGUCAUACUAAAUCUUGAUAUUAACCGGUGGCGGCUGGUUGCUUCUUUGAUCGGAGCUUCUCCUACCAAGCACCGGCGAGUUAGCUUCAAUGAAAGACCAGGUUUAAGGGAUUGUGCGGAUUAUGUAGAAGAGUCAGAAGAUUCAGUUUCAGGUAAUUCUUCAGUGGGACUUCAUAGAACUAUAAGUUACCCAUCAGAAGAUGAUAUUGAUAAGAGAGCUGAAAUGUUCAUUGAAAACUUUCGCCGUCAACUUCAGAUUGAGAGGCAGAUUUCUUUGGAGCUCAAGUAUUUGCAGGAAAAUAGUAGCUUUAAAUUGAGAUCUCCAUGAAGAGAUUGAUCCAAGUUUCUGGUAAUGGAGCCUAUAUUUUAUGAGAGGUUUUUCUAUUGCCGAUUUGUAAUUAGCCUCAUGCUUCUCAGAGUUGGACUGGCUGCUGAGAAAUUAAGCAAUGCAUGGGAGGAAGAUGGAUAUUUUUCCGAGAAAAUUACAUAUUUUCUCCUAAUCAUUUUUUUUUCUGAAUAAUUGGAAAAUAUUGUAUUCUGGCAUGUGGUUUUUAUUUUUUUUUUUGAAUUGUUUCGAUGUGAUUCAAGGUGAGAUUUGUGGGAAUUUUUUUCGUUUGUGCCCAUGUAUGGGAGGGUUGAUUCUUUGCUAUUUGUA